CCGCCUACGGCUGCAAGAACCGGUAUCACAAGGAUAAGCCUGUUUCUUUUCACAAUGCACAGCAGUGAUAGCACGGACAGUAACCCUUCGGACCGUGAUGCAUCGCCACGGAAAAGGUCCAUGUGAGCUGUUUCGGGCGCCCAGAGGAAGCCCGGGGAGAAGAACCUGCCCCACGCCUUUCAGGGCUGUUGUAUCCAAAAGGUUUCCUCUUACUCGACCCAAUCUUUGUAAAGAAUGGGAGGCAGCUAUCAGAAGAAAAAACUUUAAACCCACCAAGUAUAGCAGUAUUUGUUCGGAACACUUUACUCCAGAUUGCUUUAAGAGGGAGUGCAACAACAAGUUACUGAAAGAGAAUGCUGUACCUACAAUAUUUCUUUGUACUGAACCACGUGACAAGAAGGAAGAUCUGGAGCCACAAGAACAGCCUUCCCCACCUCCUUUAAAACCUCCCAUUUCCCAGGUUGAUGCUGCCAUUGGAUUACUAAUGCCUCCUCUUCAGACCCCUGAUAAUCUCUCAGUUUUCUGUGAUCACAACUAUACUGUGGAGGAUACAAUGCACCAGAGAAAAAGGAUUCAAGAGCUAGAACUGCAAGUCGAAAAACUCAGAAAGAAGCUCAAGACUGCACAGCAACGAUGCAGAAGACAAGAACGACAGCUUGAAAAAUUAAAGGAGGCCAUGCACUUCCAGAAGGAGAAAGACGUACCAGAGAGAGGUUUUGUGUUUCUCCCAGAAAAUUACUUUGAAAUAGUUGAAGUACCGGUAUAGGAAAAAGGAAAUUUGUAUUGGUUUUUAAUGGGGCAAUACCACAUACCCUCUUCUAGCCUAUAAAGGAGUUUCAUUUGAAAAAAUAGCACUUGAUUACUUGUAUAAAAACAAUUCAGAAUAUUUUUUUAAAUAAAUUAGAUAUAUACUAUAAAGUUGUUAAUUCUUUGGUUUGUAAUUUUGGGGUUUAUACGUUUUAACAAAUAUUUUGAAAGUUAUAAACUAACCUCAGAGCUCCAAUAUAAGUUGGUUUCAAGACUGAGGGUUUUUGUUUUUUAAUUUGAGCAUUUAUAGAAAUAAUGUAAAAAUAAAAAGGAAAGAGAAUGAGAACAGUACAGUAAGGAUGUUUUAAGUUGAAAAUUUUAAAUUAUUGAGAGAACUUAGUUACAUUUUAAAUCGGAAGUAUGGGUUAGAUCAUGGGACAUAACUUCUCAGAAUAUAGUGGAACCUCGUUUCUCGAAUUUAAUUCUUUCCAGAAGGCUGUUCGAGAAGUGAUUUGUUUGAAAACAGAAUCAUUUUUUCCCAUUAGAAUUAAUGUAAAUUGAAUUAAUUCAUCCCAGACCCCCAAAUGAUUCCCUGUUUCAACCUUUCUUAUAUACAGUACAUGGCUAAUGUACUGCUUAAUUUAUAAAUAAACACGUCUCUUCUUAAAUUUAUGGAACCAUCCCUAUUAGCCUUAAAGGAAUUUUCAUACAUCACUGCCUCCAGAAUGCUAUCACCAGCUAACUUCUUUUCCUUUAUCCAAUCAACAACAGUUUUUCUACCUAUUCAAUUGCCUGUGAUUGCUGUUUUGUGAGCACUUUCACACUCCUGGCUACAUUAGCACUCUUAAUGGCAUCUUUAUGUAUUAAAAUUGUGCUAACUGCCUGCAACAAAAGCAUUCUCUCCUUUGCUUGUUGCCUUUGAGAAGCUUUUUGUUAUGCUGAUACCUCAGCAUGAAAGAGUUGUUGGUCAAAAACUGAAGUUUUGGUUUUCUGUGAAUGACUUGGUCCAGAACCAAAUUGUUCCGAGAUGGGAGAUGGUCGAGAAACGAGGUUUGACUGUAUAUAAUCUUAUUCACACAUUCUUAUUUGUAAAGAUAGAAGUUUCAUUUAUCUUAAUCAUUUGUCAAUGCAUUAAAAAAAGAUAGGAUAUCUUAAAAUCAGAAAAUGAAGAGUGGGUAUUUUUCAAGGUGGGCCCCUCUUUUUUGCCCCAUUGUCUAGCAUUAUAAUAUUAAAAGUGUAUCUCCAGUGAAAGAAACACUCUUUAACAAACAGGAAGCCUUGUUAUCAAUGAAGUAAUAAAAAUGGUUCUGAUCCAUGUCAGUAGAGUUUGAUUUGUACCAUAAUGUAAUUUUUUUAAAA